AUGCUGCACUUGGAGCUUUUGACUCAUGCCAGAACCGUUGCUGAUGCCAUGAACUGCUUCGAGAUCAGUAGAGAAGAAACUCGAAAAGCCGUCGAGGAAAUCCUCCAACAUGCGCUCUUAACACCAUAUCUUAUGCACGAGAUUCUCUCUGUCUCCGCUGCUCAUUUGAGUACUUUACGCCCAGCUCAGAGAGUUUUGCUUCGAAAUCAAGCUACGGAAUUACAAACUUCGGCUCUGUCCCUCUUCAACGCCAGUAUGCAGAACACGGCCAGACAUAACCCAUCUUCCGACUGCGUUCCUAGAUUUGUUUUCUCGUCCCUGCUCGGAUCACACAUGCUUCACGAUACCAUCAUCUACCGAGAUGGCGACUUCCCUGCCUUCAUCGAUAAUUUUGUUCGGUACCUGCACGUGACAAAGGGUGUGACCCUGAACAUACAGGGAAAUUGGGAUGAUCUGCACGAAACAGCGUUGAAGCCCUUCUUAGAAGCUGGCGAGAAGUCACUUCGCGGGGGCGAACUAGAGUUCGCACCAGAGUGUGAAAAAUUAGAGAUGCUCCUCAAAUCAGCAGAUCUUGGCCCAACUGCCGCAAAGGCCUACGAAAGCGCUCUUUCAUGUCUUAAAGCAGCCUACUAUGCGCAUCGUAAGGUUGCGAGUGUAGACUCCCAUUUCGAAGGAAGUUCUCUUCUUUAUGGCGCGAGGACCGGUGUGUAUGCUUGGCCUAUUUUGGUACCUACGGAAUACGCAGAGCUUGUUCUACAGCGACGUCCUGAAGCAUUGGCGAUUCUUGCACAUUAUGCCAUCUUGUUGCAUCGCUAUCGCGAUUCUUGGAUGAUUGGUGAUGGUGGCCGGUACAUGAUUGAAGCUAUCACGAGAUAUCUGGGUCCGUAUUGGGGACCGUGGUUGGCGUCCCCGAACGAGGAAUUGAGAGCCAAUCCAUCGUCAGGAGGACCAGCACCACAGGGAACUGCCUCUUACUAA